AUGACCGAGACCUCUUUAAAAUCGGCGCAGAAGCGCAUUCUUACCGAUGCCACGAUGACCUCCGGGAACCUGUUACCGAACAACGCGUCCAAGAAACGCAAGCUUGAUAUAGAUGAACCGCCCGCUCGUCUGGGGGUGCCCCCUCGAAGCAGCGGCCUUAAAAGUUUUGGCUCUAGUCAGGUUCAACAGAAAAGUCGUUUCGAAGAGGACCUAGAGAAAUUGACGCAGGACAUCAAUGGGUUGAAAGAGAACAAUUCGGAAAAAGACCAACAAUGGGAUCGACCGCCGUUGGAUGGCUUCGACCCUGCCAAGGAUAAACUGUGUUUUCAGCAAAUUGAUGUUGAAGAGGGAACUUUGAAUGAGCGUGCGACUGUGAAGCUUUUCGGAGUUACAGAGAAAGGAAAUUCUGUUCUUCUUCACGUCGAGGAUUUUCAACAUUAUCUAUUGAUUGCUGCACCAGUGGGAUUCCUUCCGGAAGAUUGUCCCAAAUACACCUCGUUCCUAGAGCAGAAGUUCGCCUCGCACACACGCAUGAUCCAAUCCACACAUCUGAUGAAGAAAGAAAACCUUUAUGGAUUUCAGGGGAAUAAGAAAUCAUUCUAUAUUAAGAUUACGGUCACUGAGCCUAGACAUAUCAGCAAGUUACGAAAUGGAUUAGAAAAGUCUAUUGCGACAUACAACUAUAACGGAUUGUGGCCUUCAGCAGAUGACGGAGGUAUCAUGACUUUUGAUAAUAUUCAAUACGUGCUGAGGUUUAUGAUUGACACUGGGAUUUCUGGCAUGUCCUGGGUAGAAGCCAAAGCGGGAGAUUACAAGUUGUUGCCCGCGCACAAGCGACAAUCCAACUGCCAAAUUGAAGCAUCUCUCUCUUAUCACAAUCUCAUUGCGCAUUCGAACGACGGAGAAUGGGCAAAAAUGGCGCCUUUGCGAGUUCUCUCAUUUGAUAUUGAGUGCGCAGGCCGAAAAGGAAUUUUUCCGGAACCGAACCAAGACCCCGUUAUCCAAAUUGCUAAUGUUGUCACUCGUUAUGGGGAGUCGAAACCUUUUGUGCGCAAUGUUUUCGUCUUGGAUACCUGCAGCUUAAUUGUGAAUACUCAAAUCUUCGAGUUCAACGACGAAGCAAAGAUGCUCAUGGCAUGGACAGAGUUUCUUCAAAAAGUCGACCCAGAUGUCAUUAUAGGAUACAACAUCGCGAAUUUCGACUUUCCGUAUCUGCUUGAUCGAGCAAAACAUCUAAAAUGCCGCCAGUUCCCGUAUUUUACCAGGCUGAAAUCUACGAUAUCUGAGGCAAAAGACACCAAUUUCUCGAGCAAGCAAAUGGGGAACCGAGACACAAAAUCGACCAACACAAAUGGCAGAAUCCAAUUGGAUCUUCUCCAAUUAAUUCAACGUGAUCAUCAUCUCCGAAGCUACACUCUAAACUCUGUUUGUGCCGAGUUCCUGGGUGAACAGAAAGAAGACGUUCAUCACACCAUGAUCACGGAACUGUUCAAUGGAACCCCAGAUUCGAGAAGACGGUUGGCUGUCUAUUGCCUCAAAGAUGCUUAUCUUCCACAGCGACUAAUGGAUAAGCUGAUGUGUCUCGUUAACUAUACUGAAAUGGCGAGAGUCACGGGUGUGCCAUUUAAUUAUCUUCUGUCACGUGGCCAACAGGUCAAGUUCAUUAGCCAGCUCUUCCGCAAGGCUAGAGAGCAGCAAUUAGUAAUUCCAAAUCUGAGCAAGCAAGAUGAAGGCGAUUAUGAAGGUGCUACGGUCAUUGAACCCAUUCGAGACUAUUACGACGUGCCUAUUGCGACUCUUGACUUUGCAUCUCUGUAUCCUUCGAUUAUUCAAGCGCAUAAUUUGUGCUACACAACGCUUCUGAACAAGAAAGCAGUGGAACAUUUUGGCUACAAAAAAGACGAGGACUAUAUUGUCACUCCCAACGGCGACAUGUUUUGUACCACCAAAGUGCGGAAAGGUCUGCUGUCGCAAAUUCUGGAGGAGCUUCUUAGUGCGCGAAAAAGGGCAAAAAAGGAAUUGGCUACAGAGACAGAUCCAUUCAAGAAGGCCGUCUUGAACGGUCGUCAGCUUGCACUGAAGAUCAGCGCCAAUAGUGUGUACGGUCUUACCGGUGCAACCGUGGGCAAGCUUCCCUGCUUGGAAAUUGCUAGUAGUACUACCAGUUAUGGCCGUCAAAUGAUUGAGAAGACGAAGGCGGAAGUUGAAGCCAAAUAUACAAUAGCGAAUGGCUAUUCCCAUGAUGCCCAGGUCAUAUACGGUGACACUGACUCUGUGAUGGUUAAAUUUGGAGUCAAAACACUUGAAGAAGCGAUGAAACUAGGCGAAGAGGCAGCAGAUUAUGUCUCAUCUAAAUUCAUUAAACCCAUCAAGUUGGAGUUCGAAAAGGUUUACUUUCCGUACCUGCUUAUCAACAAAAAGCGGUAUGCCGGACUCUAUUGGACCAAUACAAAGAAGUAUGAUAAAAUGGAUACCAAGGGUAUCGAAACAGUUCGGCGAGACAACUGCCGACUUGUACAGACAGUUAUUGAGACGGUUUUGAACAAGAUUCUGAUUGAUCGAGAUGUUAAUGGCGCACAAGAUUAUGUCAAAAGUACAAUUUCCGAUUUAUUGCAGAACAAAGUAGACAUGUCGAAGUUGGUGAUCACAAAAGCCCUGUCGAAAUCAGACUACAGUGCCAAACAAGCCCACGUUGAGCUUGCGGAGCGUAUGCGCAAGCGAGAUGCUGGAUCUGCACCUACACUGGGUGACCGUGUUGCCUAUGUCAUUGUUAAGGGUGCAGGAGGGUCAAAGAAUUAUGAAAAAUCAGAGGACCCGAUUUAUGUCUUGGAGAACAACAUCCCUAUUGAUACCAAGUACUACCUGGACAACCAACUUGCAAAGCCCCUCGGCCGUAUCUUCGAACCCAUUUUAGGUGAGAAGAAGGCUUCGCAGUUGCUGACUGGUGCGCAUACCCGAUCUAUCUCUGUCGCUGCGCCUACUCUAGGCGGGUUGAUGAAGUUUGCGAAAAAGACGCAAACUUGCAUGGGUUGCAAGAAGCCUCUAGUUGGAAAAGACGAGAUGGCUGGCGCAGUGUGCGAGAAUUGCCGACCUAGAGUUGGCGAGCUGUACGCUAAAACGUUGAAGAAGACGUCUGAUCUCGAGCAGAAUGAGGAGAUGGCGCCAGUGCUGAAUCAUGUGAUAUCGCCUACUGGCCAAGAGCCGACCGAAAGCUCUGCUGCGACAGCGCGACUCUCGGAGACUUUAGACUAUCAUGAGUCUAGUCUGUCAUCGCAUUUGCAUCUCAUUGAGUCGCUCGACUCCAACAAAACACCGCAGACUAUUUCACGGAUCCUGGAAAGCGCGCAAAAGUUGGCUGACCAGUUUACGGCGAUAAGAAAACAACUUACUUCUAUUGGUAUUGGCAGAGCAACUGCGACAGGAAAUUUAAGGGAGAAAUUGAAAGCGAGAAAGCCACGUCCGACCACGAAAAUCAACGGAAAAGGAACGAAAUGGAAUAUUGAUGAAGCCGAAAGUACAAUGAGCGAAGGUGGUGGGGCUAGGAAGCGAUCCCGGGAGAGCGAAUUUUCGGAAUCGCAAGUAAGCACCGAUCAGGGUAGCCAGUCAUCACGAAAACGGCCCAGGACGAAACGGGAGAUCCCCGGAGCGCAGGAUGAUGUGGAAGACUUUGUACCCGUCGCGUUGCAGAAGGACGAUAUUUCGGAGGAGGUUGAGCGGCGCCUGAAAUUGAAGGAAGAGAGACGAAAAAAGUCGAGCGCCGAGACAGACAAGAAGAGGAGACGGGACAGCACCUCAUCGAGGAAUGGCUCUUCUUCUUGGUCGGCCAAAAAUAGAUCAAAACGUUCCAAGAACUCGAACUAG